AUGUGUACUCUCUCUCUUUCUCUCUCCGUGGUGCUGUGUUCUCUGCCUUGUGUGUUAAAUGUGCGUAUCUUUUCAUCCUCUACUCGUCGUCGCAGAUCCAAGCAAUCCACAGUGACAAUCAUGACAACGAUGUUCGUCCAACUACACCGUGUGGUGUACCUGUUGGUACUUCUGCAAUCCUGUGCGUGUGUGGUGAAUGCGAACGGUGUGGAGGGACAGAAAAUAAUUAUUAAGGUACCCCAGGGAGAUAUUACAAAGGUGAAAGAGAUCGAUGACAACCGUGAAGCCGAGAAUGGGGAGAGACGGUUGCGCGAAUUGGUGAACCAGGCGUAUAGACUGUAUUUGGAAGGUAAGAGUUGUGUGGCGGUGUUGCGGAAGGAGACGGAAGCAUGCAAAAAAAAUAAAGAGAUCGCCAAAGGUGCCGCCGAGAAAACGAAGGCAGCUGUUGAAGCUCUCCAGAAAGAAUGGGGAACUGGGGUGCCACGGCAGGAAGGAGACAUUGCCCAGGAAAAACUUGCGAGUCUGAAGAGUUUGGUGGGAGAUGCGGAGAAGAAGAUUGAAGAGAGCAAGAAUGCAGUUGCGAAAGAGACCUCGGUGAUUCAGAGGACGAAAUACGCAAGAACAGCCUGUUGGAUUUCGUAUGACGAUUUGAAUGAUGAGGUGAGGCAACUCAACGCGACCAGGGAGGGACUUGAGGGUAUGUUCAAAGAGCACAGAACGCCAGCGAGGGAGGAUCUCGUUAAGAACGCUACCAAAACAGGUGAUGAUUUGUACUGGCUUACGCAGGAGGUGAGGUUGACUCUCAGACGGGGGCGGGACGCCAAGACAGAAGCCGAAACUGAGUUUAAGAAGGCGGACGAUAUUUUGAAAGGCGCGUUAAGGACACUCGAGACGGUCACGGCCGAGGUACAACAAAAAAUUACAAAGAAUGAGGGUCACGCGAACCUUAAGGAGUUUCAGAAGGUUGUGAACGAGAGCGAGAAGGCAUUAAAAGAAGUUACCUUAAAAAGCAAUGCGAUCGCCGAACCGGCGCCGGGUUUGAUCCAGUAUGCGGGUAAUACUUAUGAAGAAUCCUAUGCGAGGGAGGAGAAAGAGAAUCCUGUCACACAUAAUAAAAGGAUUUUCGAAGAACUACGGAAGAAGGUGGCAUUGGCAGAGAUCCAGGACGAACUAAAGAAGGCGGAGCAGGAGGCGGCUCGGCUUUUGGCGGAAAAAAUAAUCCAAGAAGAAGAAGAAAAGAAUAGGAGGAUCGCCGAAGAGGAAAGGAAGAGACAGGAGACACUGGCAGAAGAAGAAAGGAGAAAACGGGAGAGGGUGGCGGAAGAAGAAAGAAGGAAGCAGGAGAAACUGGCAGAAGAAGAAACGAAGAAACGUGAGAAACUGGCUGAAGAAGAAAGAAAAAAACGGGAGAAACUGGCUCUAGAAAAGAAGGCAAAGGAAGAGGCGGAGCGGGCGAGAGUGGCAGCAGAAAAGGCCAAGAAAAAGAGGGAUGGUAGCGUCAGUCCUGCGUUGGUGCACAAUUCCCUGCCGCUUCUUGUUGUGAUAUGUGUACUUGGUUGCACUCUCGUUUGCUGA